AAUUCGGAGCAGUUUGUAAACGUGCGAGGCCGACACCGGGUUUCGCCCUCAUUUUUAUAAUUCCUCCAACGAAAAAUGUUUAGAAUUCGCGUGUGCAUGAUUCAAGUAGUUCAUUGAGACUAUCAAUUCGUCGAUUCCGUGAAAAUGCCACCGCCGGAGGACUUCCUAACCCCGGAGCAGAUCCUCGCUGAGGUUAGGAAAUUCAUACCAGAGUCGGUGAAGAAAUGUCAACAUACCAAUGUGCACAAAGUAACCAAGGGGGCCCUGAAUCUCCUCAGGAAUCUGCCUGGGGCGAGGGAGGCCGUUCUGGAGUAUCUCAGAAAGGUCUUCUUCUUCGCUGUCAAUCGACAAAACCGUCACAUGGAGCUGUACUCACCACAAACCCUCGGAGAUGAGCCCACAAUGAACGUCACAGUCCCUGAAAUUCAUGGAGUUCUGUGCGAAAUUGUUGACGAAAAUCCUCAGGCGUGGGCUCCACUUGUUGCUACGUGGUCUCUUGAUCUUCUAGGAAAACUCUCCUGGAACUACUCGAAAAGAAGCAACCCGCCCAGCCUCACAAUAAACGACGACCUGAAGCACUGGCUCUCGUUCCGCACCACGCGAAUCCUGAUCGACCUGUCGGCGCGCUGCAUCCGGUGCCUGUCGCCGGCCGAGGCCGACUCCUGCAUGAUCGUCCUGACGGAGUCAAUUUCCAGCUACUACCCCUUCUUCAACUGGGUGGUGGCGCACGUGGGCACCUGUUUCCCGACGCUGAUCAUCAACAAGGUCCUGCUCUGGGGGCUGAAAGACUUCUCGGAAACAGGUUCCCAGCAGAACUCCCCGCGCACGCUCUUGAACUCAGUCGUGGGGAUCCUGGGGCACCUGGCAGGCAGCAACUUCUACGACAUUCGCGAGGCCCUCCUGAGCCUCUUCAAGUGGAGCCUCGACGAGAGUAUGAAGGACGACGACCAGACACGAAAGCAAAAGAUAGCAACAGUCCCCUUCCUCCUGAAGCUCGCCUCGAUGUCCCAAAUUCUCCUAAAAAUCAUCACAACAGUAGUUCUCCAGACCCUCUUCCCAGUUCGUCCAGACGUGAUUCCACGUUUAGCAGUGUUCGCCCCAGACUGGUGCAGCUACUUCGACAAUCAGCCCAAGACCCUGCUGGAAGUGACAGUGCACUCGAUCCUGGCGUGUGAGCAGGGCGCCUGGCAGAUAAUCUCAAUCCUCCUGGACACGAGUUUAAGCACCAGCAACGUGGGUUACCACGGUGUGAACGCAGCCCUGGCAGUGAAGAACGUCUGCCGAGAGAUUCUCGAGAUGAUUCUGCAGGAGAUUGACCUCCAGAUGAAGCUGAAGGGGCCCCACAACACGGGGAUAGCCCUGCUGUCCUCGAUAAAACAGGACCUCUGCCUCAUCGAGCCCCUCCUCCUGGACGCCCACCCCCUGAGGGUCCAGACAGCGGUGAGACUGAUCUCCCUUCUGGGCGCGCAGAGCCCCAACGUCGUGAUAUCCUCAGGGUCUGGGGUCCUGAGGAACGCCCAGACUAGCUUCCACCUCGCAGCACUCGUUCGAUUGAUGGCUGAGAACGUGACAGUGUUUCCAACGAUAAAACCAGAGCCUGAGAACCCUCUCUCAGGUCACGGGUACUUCACCCAGACGCUGGAGCAAGCCCUCAGGGAUAUUCAGUACUCGCCAGGGUGGAGGGGGGACGAAGCCAGACAGCUGUUCAAGAACAUCGCUAUCUUACUGAAGUGGGAGAACUCGAGUAAAGCGGAGAUCUUGAAAUCGAGACUGAUCUCCCGGGGAAUUCACUCCAACUUGAGUCAGCUCGCCUCGUUGUUGAUGAAGACUGACGACCUCUCGUUGACUCACGACAUCGUGGAGACGUUGGAUCUCCUGACGAUGAAUGACGGAGCUAAAUACACUCACAGCGUUGAUUUGGUUCUCAAACUGACGAGAGCCAUUGUGAGGUAUUUUUUUGUCUGCAUUCAGGAGGAGGACGACAUCAGGAAAUACAGGGGGAUCAGGGUCGUCAAUCGGCUGCUGAUGCUCAUGGCAGGGACGUCGCCCUGCGCCAGGGUUCUGGCGAUCAGGGAGUUGAUUGAGAACGCAAUUUACGGGGACCCAGCCAAGUUCUUCGGGGCGAAGGUGAAAUCCUCGAGUGAUUCUAAGGAUUAUCUUUUGUUGGAGCACAACCACAAGCAUGGGACUUCGGUGAUGCUGGCGCAGAGGCACUCGUCGGUUUUUCAUGCUGGGGUGAUUGGGGAGGGCCCCAGGAGAGCAGUGCCUGAGAACCCUUUUGAUAAGGAUACGAUAUCGAUGAAUAGUAUUUUGCUGUUGGAUGCUAUUAAGGCGUGUUGUACGAAUGAGGAGGUGAGUCCCCAUCCGAAUCUAGAUGCCAUGACGUCUGUAAGUCUUCUGCUGGUGGAGCUCGUGUCUCCUGAUGUCAUGUACAAUGGCCUACCCUGGCCUGACGAGGAAUUCACCAAGGUCACGGUGGAGAGGGACCUCCAGAUUCGUCGGACAUUCAAGGAUGUUCCACAGCUGUGGACUCUGCUGGAAUUGACUGCCAGGCAUCGACCUGCUCUCGCUUACUCGUCGGUUCUGCUCAGGGGAAUAGCUGCCACUGUCAUGGCUAAUUGGAAUAUCAGUGAGGGUACUAGGCUGGUGGAUGUCAUGGCACUUGGACAACUUCUUCCACCACCUCUCAACUGUCUCAGGGAUGUUCUCGCAAUUUUAACGCCCAGCCAGAUUAAUACUCUCAUGAAGGAGUGCGUCUGGGCUUAUAUGCACGAGAAUGUACCCUCUCCUGCGUUGUUUACUCUUACGGAGGGGGCGAGCAUCGCGUGGAGAGACACUGACAUGUCAGCUCCUGGGGCGAGGUUCACGGAGACUCUCAGGCUCAUUCUUCUUCCCAAUAUCGCCAAGACUGGCUCGCUCUAUAAUACACUAUUCUACAAUGAGCAUAAAUGAUAGUGAAAUGUCUAGUGUAUUUUUUGUAAAUAUAUAAGGAUCAGUUGUACAUCUUGUCUGUAAGAAUGAAUAAAAGUUUUCUAUCGUUUUCUUCGGUA